UUCUUCAAAAAUUGUUCUGACAAUUUACAACUUGCUAAAUUUUUUCGGGCUGAAAAUUUAGUCGUCGCUGAGCCUUUGAUGAGAUCAUGUCGAACUUGUACACUGAACUAAAGAACGAGUGGAGCAAGCAUGCCCCAAAUCUGGCCCACUGCUCCCAUCUCCUGGACGGUUUCAAACUGGAGCUGGUUAGGUCCAACUUUGGCACAAUCCAAGUGGCAUCCAGUUCGAAGCAAAAGGACCAACUGAUCAAAUCCCGAGAGAUGCUUGAGAUUGCCGUGGAGCACAGCAUCACCAUUAGGGAUUAUGGUGCAUUUGAGAGAUACAUGGCUCAACUGAAUACCUACUAUUACGACUACGACAAGUAUCUGGAAUCAUCCAAGCAUAUGCACAAGUUUAUGGGCCUGAAUCUGCUCUAUAUGCUGGCCACCAAUCGCAUUGCUGACUUUCACAUCGAGCUGGAGCGUUUGCCGUCGGCUUUGCUGCUCCACGACAACUUUAUCAACCCCGUUUUGGCUUUGGAGAACUACUACAUGGAGGGCAGGUACAACAAGAUAUUGCAGGCCAAAAAGUCCAUGCCAUCGGAGAUCUAUUCGAAUUUCAUGGACAUGCUGGUGAACACGGCUCGCGAGGAGAUUGCAUCCUGUAUGGAGAAGUCAUACCUCAAGAUGGCACCCAAACAGGCUGCUCAGCGCUUGGGACUUCGUCCCGGCUCCAAGGAGCUAUUGGAUCUGGCCACUAGACGUCGUUGGGAUCUGGACGAGGAGGGGAACUACGACUUCGCCGCACUUCAUACCAGACCACUGGAGAAGGUGCCUGCCAAGGACAUUGCCACCCAUAAUCUCACCUACGCACAGGAGCUGGAGAAAAUUGUUUGAUAUUUUUCAUUCUUAUCUCUUUCUAAUCCCUUCAACCAUAAAAUAAUGUCUAGAAUUUACACAUUCAUCUAGAAAUCAGUAAAUACCGAUCCGGAAA